AUGGAUACAAGAAACCUCAUUCAUCAGCCGCAUACAAACUCGAUAGCUAGAGUCCAGGCCCGUCAUAUAUCAUCGCGUACUCCAGUCCAAAAUGGUGCACCAGCUUUGCAAGAGAAUAUCAUGCCGAUACAACCAGAUCAACAAGCGCCGUCGCUCUGGAAAAGUCUGGGCAGAGAUAGCCCAGUCAUCCAUAUCUGGAUGUGGCUGUGGGAAUGGGCGUCACUCUUUGUAUUUGUCUGA